UGUUAUCAGGACCAUGAGAGAAGGAGAGGUGACAUGUGACAACAUCUGGGAUGUGGUUCUGAAUGAUAAGUUCAAAGUCAACAAUCUCUGGGAUGGAAAGCGCCAACCACGCAAACCUUUAACCAUCGUUAAAGAAGCCAUGAAGAGGGUGGGGAAGAAAGUGGAGUACUCUUUGGCCACCUAUAACUGUGAGCACUUUGCCACAGAGCUACGAUACGGCAAGCCUGAGUCCAUGCAGAUCGCUAAAACAGCUCUAGCUGUUGGAGCUGGAGUUCUUGGAAGUGGAAGUGCUGCAUCAGCAGGUGUACCUUCUGGACCUGCUUUACUUCUUGGAAGUUUCCCCGUGUCCAGUAGCAGAAGAUAGGUCGUUGAGAAAAGGUUAUAUAUGAAUGCAAGUAUUUCAUAUAAUUCUAAUUGCAAAAACACCAAGAUGUAUAAUCCAAAGUAAAAUGAUCAAAUUAAAAAUGUUGUGUUUUUAUUUCAAGUUGUAUUGUUUACUAUCAAUAUUAUUUUGUUGAGCAACAAGUUGAAGUCACAUUUGUAUUUGUAUUGUGUUUCUUUGAUUAUUAAAUCUUGGUUAUUCUGC